AUGUCAGACAAACUCCCGGCCGUUGACAAACGACUUAUGGUGGGUUUGAUCAUGUGCUUGAUCGAGUGGACCUUGCGUUUGCCUGCUUCGCUGGUCCGUUCACGGGAUACCACGGACAAUGCAGAGACAAGCGAGAGCACCUUAUCAGUUGUCCUGUCCGCUCUGUACGCAGUCGUGUACUAUGCUCCCUCGGGGUCCGGUGGGAAACCAGGUGCGGACGAGACAUCUGUGUCUGUUGUGUCCGACACGUACGCACCGUUUCGUGAUCCCAUCGCUGACCUGAUAUCAGAGUGUCAGACCAAAAUUGAUUCACAAUCCUUCUCAAUUCUGAAACCCCGCCUAGACUCGUCUUCUUUAGCCAUGAAAUCAUUCCUAAUGGCAGAUUUCGGCCACCCCUGGAGCGGAUUUCAGCUUUCCGGGGAGGAAUCUUAUUCUGGCUCAAAGUCAGUUCGUCUGGCUGCACGUGUCGCUUUGUGUCAAAUACUGAAUUAUCAAGAUCAUUUUCCCAUGGCAAGCGCGUUAUUGAAUACUCAUGUGCAAGAGCAUCAUGAUCAGGCCGUAGACCACACUAGACGUGAUGCAAGCGGACGCGUGAUCAAUGAGAAGGAGCUGACUGCCGAAAUCCUCGAAUCGUCCAGUGUACAGAUUUUUGUUAUCAAUAGUUCAGUUCUGGUCAGUCUGCUAUCGUUACCGUCCGAACCCAAACUUGAUCGCUAUACAUCCUACUCGCACUUAAAUCUUUCUAUUCUGGUUAACCUUAUCCCUUAUCCAUCGGUACAGACUCCAACUACACCCGUAUCAUCGUCCGAGACUUCUCUGUGGAACAGUUCUGUGGCACAAGGUCGUGGCCAAAGUGUUCCACAUACCAUCGGCAAUGAAAACACAGAAGGUGUGAUCGUGCUUGACUCCCGAACCCUCGGCCAACUAGGUCGCAAUGCCCCACCUUGUCCCCCACCACGCCUUAAUCCCAAUCCACCUCCACUUGCGACAAAUGCGUCUAACGCCACUUCGUUUAUGCUGGGUUCCGCUUCGCCCAUUCCGGCCGUGCNAUUGCAACCCAUCCUACACCGGAUGUUCUUCAUUCGAUUCGCCUACUGUUAUUUUACCAUCGCGUUUCUAGCGAUGCUUGUCAGAAACCCAUUGUCUCAACCGAACGAGUCCUUCACUAAGUCCUUCUAUACACCGGAUAUGAAUCUUCUACGUGAGAUCUCUUCUACUAGUCCGGAAUGUUCCAUAGCUUGGGGUCCCACACCACCUGGUGCUUCCGAUCGAUCCGAUCCAGCUAGUUGUGUCAAUAUGCCAUGUUUCAACAUGGAAUUGCUCACCGGGAAUCAGAUUACUGCUCAAUGCCAUUCAGACCUGGAAGCGGUUGAUGCAUCGUGUGACAAGCACGCGGUUUCCCCAAUCUCAGAAACAGACGUCCAAAUCAGACACAACGCUUCACACCCGUCUCCGCCGUUUGGUACUACGGUAUUCGAUCCGUUCAGUGAAUGGGCAGUACAUUCUGGUCAAUUUGCCGUUGUCCGGCAGUUGUUCAAUCAGCUCGGUUUUCUUUCCUGGGAACGUCGAUUGACCAUUGAACUGGUUCAGAAAUCGGCCAGUUUGGUUCGCGAUCUGAAACACCUUGACAAACUUGGCGCUCGUGAGACGCAUAAAAUUGCCGUGUUCUACGUGGGUGCUGGCCAGGAAGACAAACAGUCCAUUCUCGCAAACCAGACAGCCAGUUUGGAAUUUGAGAAUUUUGUAGCCGGUUUGGGCUGGGAGGUCGAUUUGCACACACAUCGCGGUUUUCGUGGCGGACUUGAACGUAGUGGUCGAGCAGGAAAUUCCACACCCUAUUAUGCGACCGCUACGGUUGAAGUUAUCUUUCAUGUGUCCACUCGGAUGCCGUCUUCCACCCAGGAGGAUUUGAAGUAUAAACACUUGGGAAACGACGAAGUAAUGAUCAUCUGGACCGAGAAUGCGCGUGCCUUCAGCCGCAGCAUGCUCCGAACACAAUUUGGUGAUGUUCUGAUCAUAAUUUCACCAUUACCCAACGGCUUAUUCCGCGUAGAAGUGCGGCGCGAAUCUGACCAGUUUGAGGAGUUGCAGGAAGGCUGUUCUAGCUCCAUCUACAAGGAGUUGGAUUUCAUUCUUAGCGUGGCCUUAUCAUAG